AUCGCACCCGACGUGUGGAUGCACGUGCGCAAGAGAGCAAAGAAGGCAGCCGCGCAUAUGAAGACCCGUGCAGGGGAAGCCCAGGACAAGGACGAGGAUGAAGACGAAAGUAGCGAGGAGAGUGGUCUGGAUGGAGACGACGACAUCGGAGACGAAGAGCGUGCACAACGGCAAGAGACCCUUGCCGAGCGAAAGGCCGAUGCUCGCAAGAUAUGGCGCAGCACGCCAGCAGAGCUACGCGUUCAUAUGCGCGAGCAGUGGUUUGCGACUCAGUGGAAGCUCGGGAUGCGCCAGGCUCGGUCGCUAGCUGUCCUGAACGUAGCCGACAAUGCGCGCGGCGUGUUUGACAUCAUGGACAAGGACUUCGAAGACAAGGGUACCCGCGUCAACCUGCCAGAGGUUCAAGCCCUCUACAAAGAGAAACAGUUCCUGUACAGCGGGGCACCAGGCAAGGCCGACGGACACCUGUGGCAUCCGUGCAUCGUCAAUGCCUGCGUACAAAUUCUAAAUGGGAAGAAGGCGCUGCACGCCGCAAAGAAGAACACAAAGACACGCAGUACGAAUGCUCAGUUGUGGGGUAUGGAUGGCUUGAAUCAUGCUGCGAUUGCAUUCGGAGCAACCUGUGUACGAUUUAACCUAUAUCUGCGACUUAAGCUGAUAUGUUCUUCUAGGUAUACUUCGUUCUCUCGGGCGAAGGCGAAUUUGUGGAGACUACACCCGGAGGACUUGACUUCGGCAAGUUCUGGCGCGCUCGGGUCGAGUUUCUUGAGGGACUGGCUACGAAGUUUCCGCGUAAGUAUACCAAACUCAUGGCACAUUUCAACGAUGCUGUGUUCCCUGAACACAACAGUAAUGUUGUGGAGGAGAAUGACCAGGACGAGGUUGCCCUGCAGAAGGACCUUGCUAUGUUGGUAGAUGAUGACGACUCGGAGUAGUGCCCCGGAUGUAAAACUGUGU